AUGUCGUACCAACCAUACAAUAACUUUAAUGACAAUGCAGAAGGUGGCGGAUUCACCACCUAUAACAAUAAUGACGGAGAUGGCCAGGGUUCACAGGGAAAAACUCAACAGAGAAAUACAAUUAAGCCGGUUACAAUCAAGCAGAUCAAUGACAGCAAGACUAUAAUCUCCGAUGGCGAAUUUGUCGUGAAUGGAGUCGAAUUGAAUAUGGUUUCAUUCGUAGGAAUUAUCAGGAAUGUCAACGACAAUACCUCUUCUUUGACUAUAACGAUAGAAGAUGGUACUGGAUCUCUGGAUGUCAGAAAAUGGGUGGACGAAGGCUCAGAUCCAUCCGAGAAUAACUACCCUUUGGGACAAUAUGUAUACGUCACAGGGUUGCUCAAAGAGUUUAACGAAAAAAAGUCACUUCAACAGGCCACUAUCAAUCCGAUUGAAGAUUAUAACCAAGUUACUUACCACUACCUCUCGGCCAUCAAGGUUCAUGUAGAGGCCAAUCAACAGGGUUCUCAUCAGCAAGGAAACUCUUUAUUUGUAUCUCAGAAUGCAGACGACCAUACAAACAGCAAUGAUCCUUCUGAGAAGGUCUACCGUUUCAUUCACGAUAACACGCCCUCUAUGGUUGAAGGCGUCCCUAUACAGUACAUUGCACAGUCACUAUCAUUGACUGAUAAUGAAGUAAUCAACUACUGCAACCAGCUUUCAGAUGUUGGUAAGAUUUACAAUGGUAAUGACGAUAGCAGCUAUCUUGCUGUCUAA